AUAACUAAAAUAUUCUACAAAAUGUUGAUCCUAUGUAUACUUGAGUAUUAAUCAAGUACGUAUACUGAGUAAAACGAGUGAACAUGUUUCUCAUUCUGGUACUGAUUGGGAGUUGCUAUGGCCAAGCAACGGUCAAUGACUCAAAGAUUGUUUGGUGCCUAUCGAAUCCUUGUCUGAAUGGUGGAAGCUGCGUGCUUUCUGGAUCUAACUAUUCGUGUGCGUGUCCACCAGACUUCAGUGGCAGAAACUGCGAGACAGAUGUAGCGUGCAAGAAACGGAAACUUGACAUCCUGAUCAUUACGGAUGUAUCAAAUUCCAUUGGCAACAAAACUUAUACAAGAAUGAAGAAGUUCCAAAACAAGAUGGUUGAUUCCUUUGAGAUAGGCCCUGAUGCAGUUAACGUUGCUUUGAUGGAUUUUUCCGUACGUCCUAAAGUGGUAUUCAAUCUGAACGACUACAACAACGACAAAUCAGCUGUGCUAGCAGCUGUAGCCAACGAAGAAUACGAAGCUGGACCUACUACUAGGCUUGGAGAGGCAAUCAAGCUGGCUGUAUCUGAGGUAUUUACAAAGAGGAACGGAGAUCGCCCGGAGGCUGACAACAACGUCUUUGUCUUCACUGAUGGUUUCAAUGACGCUGACGAUGCUGCAACUGUUGAUGCCAACAUUGGUCAACUUCAAGCGACGUCAAAAGUAUUCGUUAUCACCCCACCUGGCAUAGCCAAUAACGCUACUGUCGAAACAAUCGCUUCGGAUCCCGGUUAUAGCUAUUCCUUCCCUGUGGACAGUCAAAACGCGACAAUUGCGAUCACGGAAAUGGUUACAGUGUGUGAAGUAAUAAAAUAGUUACUGGAGUAUGACAGCGAAUUCACGGUUAACGUCACGUCGGGAGUAGCCAUAUAUGGACAUAUAUCAGUGUAUGAAAUAAGCCAAAACCCCAGCCAGACAUCAGGGCUGGUAGCUUCAAAAUGUUACCAGCCCAAAAUGGAUUUAACCAGA